AUUUUUAAAAAAUAACUCUAUGGAGUUCGUUUGUAUAAAUUAGAAUAUUUUAAUAGCAUCAGUAAAUUUUAAACCUUAAACCAAAUAGUACUGAUUUGUAAUAAACAUCAAUGAAAACACAUUAUGAAAAUUUACAAGCAUUUAGUUUAAAAUGGUUUAUAACAAUGUAUGAAUUAACUAUUUAAAAUGAAAUUUAUAUCUGUAAAGAGCAUGUUAAUAAAAUUAAUUGAUAUAAUCCAAUAAAACGAAGCAGAUUUCUACCACACAAUGUGAGUAGUAAGUUUAAAUGAGGUUAACAACGAUCAUUCAACAAAAUUUAUAGUGAACUAAAUGGAAACAAUAUUAAGUUACUAAAAAUUAACCAAUUAAAAUCUUUAUUUAUUACAAGAAAACACUUCAAGAAUUAUAUCAUAAUAAUUCAUUGAACUGAUAAAAUCAAAAAUUUCCCCAUGACUGAUACAAUUGAUCGUAGAGGUUCUAUAUUAACAAUUAUUUUCGUUUAAGAAAAUCCAAUAAUAAUAUCUAAUAUCAAUUUUUUAUACUACCAUUAUAAUUUAAAAUAGUUUCAAAUUGAAAAAGUGAAUUAUGAAUCGAACAGCAAACUUCCACAUUGAACGAUUUCUACUUUCUUUUAGAAUCGAUUCUUUUAUCUCAUCCAAUAUUGAGUCAUUUGCUUUUCGUCGAUUGUGCCCACCACUACCCCCAUGUGAAAUACCAUUAUGGCUGACUGUGUUGUUGACAUUCGUUGGAAGAAGCUAACGUUACGUUGAAUUUUAAUAACAAAUAAGCUUCAUUAGGGUUUAAAGAAUUCUUCCAUUGCCUUUAUACCCCGCCCUGUUUCAUCCGUACUAUUUUUUGAAUGAAUAAGGAAGAAAAAUCUCUACCUUCUCAGGUGCGUACUUUCAAAUAGCAGUAACUCCGCUAUUUGAAGAUAUAGAGUUUUUUCUUCUUUAAUUCAAGUUCAGUUAUCUAAACUACGCACCGGUAAUAGUAUUUUUCGAAAAUUGUGAAGUUACUUUUUAACUGUAUUAAUGAUUACUUCUAGUCAAAGUGCUACUCCUCUUACUACAAUGACUUUAACGGGAAACACCAAUACAUUAGGUGUAACAACUACUUCGGGAGUGUCAGGUGUAGUGUUAACUAAACCUGUAAAUCAGGCUGUAGGAGCACAACAGACAAUUGUAGGUAAUUCACCUCAAAUAGUUCCUGCAAAUGUUCAAAUUUUAAAUGUCAAUGCUGUUCGAGCUGCUACUCCAAAUCAAUCUGGUGCUAAAACAUUGCCUCAGAGGGUUAUGAUAGGUACACCGCAAAUGGUUGGUGCACGGCCAGGUCAACCUGGGUUAAAUAACUUGGUAAUGUUAAUUGAAUACUUACAGCAAAUUACUCUUCAAACUCUUCAAGGACUAGCACCAGGAACACAGGGCCAUCUUUUAUUGAAAACAGAAAAUGGUCAAUACCAACUGCUUAGAGUAGGCCCUGCGACUGCAGGGGGAGCACAGCAAGCCCAAGGAUCUCCAAUAUCUGCCAACAAUGUCAAUGCAUUUAGAGUUCAAACUAUCGCUGGUGCGAAUACCCCGGGAGCUGGUGUUCAGACCCAAGUUCCAGCACUAGCAGCCCAGAGUUCUGGGACAGGCACUGCUAAUAAUGUAGCGCAGAGAGGAGCUGUAGACCAGACUAAAGAAAAGUGUCGAAAAUUCCUUGCCAAUCUUCUGGAACUUUCAUCAAGAGAGCCAAAGGCAGUAGAAAAAAGUGUUAGGACUUUAAUUCAAGAACUUGUUGAUAUGAAGGUAGAACCUGAGCAGUUUUGUGAUCGUCUGGAACGACUUCUUAAUGCUUCUCCACAGCCCUGUUUGAUUGGUUUUUUAAAGAAAAGCUUACCUCUCCUUAGGCAAUCGAUGGUUAAUAAUGAGCUGAUAAUAGAUGGGAUCAGGCCUCCUCCAGCUUCAGUCCUCAUACAAUCUGCCCCGACGACUACAGCCCAGAUAAGGGGCCAAAUCCAAAUGACCACUACUCCACAGAUGAGGGUUAUCACACAGCCAGCUCUUAGGCCGGGACAACAAGUUCAGCAUAGGAUAAUCAGUCCUAUGCGUAUGGGAACCAGUGUUGUCAAUACGGCUGGCAUUAAAACUGGUGUUGCUACAAUAAGAACUCCAACUGGUGCCUUGCGACCACAGAUUGUAAGGACACCAAUCACCCUUAGACCUGGGCAAACAAUCGCAACCAAGACACCUUUUGGAACGCGACCAAUCCUAGCCACGUCCCAGUUUGCACCUUCUCUUGUCAUCAAAUCUGGUCAGCCACAACAACCAGUGAAGGAAAAGCGGACAUUUUCAUCAUCUGGAUUUGUAGGAGAUGAUGAUAUCAAUGAUGUUGCUGCUAUGGGUGGUGUUAAUCUUGCUGAAGAAAGCCAAAGGAUUCUAGGGUCUACUGAAUUUGUUGGGACUCAAAUACGGUCUUGCAAAGAUGAACUUUAUCUCCACACAUUACCACUCAUGAACAGGAUAGCACGAAUAGCUAGAAAACAUGGGCUGGAAGAACCUAGUUUAGAAGUUGCAUCAUUAAUUUCACAUGCUACCCAAGAAAGACUAAAAAAUCUUGUGGAAAAAUUAGCCGUUAUAGCUGAGCAUAGGAUAGACUUAAACAAGGCUGACCCAAGAUAUGAAGUGAGUCAUGAUGUACGAGCCCAGCUUAAGUGCCUUGAAGAAGUAGACAGGGCUGAAAGAAAGAGACACGAAGAACACGAGAGAGAACUCCUUUUAAGAGCAGCUAAGUCCAGAACAAAACCUGAGGAUCCAGAACAGAUGAAGCUCAAGGCUAAGGCCAAAGAGAUGCAAAGAGCUGAAAUGGAAGAGCUUAGGCAAAGGGAAGCCAAUUUAACGGCUCUAUUAGCAAUUGGGACCAGGAAAAAGCCAAAACUGGAAGAUGGUUCAACUAACUCAGGGUCUGGCUUAGGAAGCUCCUCAACGAAUGCAGGAGUCGUACUCAGGCCUAGAACAAAACGGGUGUGCCUACGAGAUCUACUAAUCCUGAUGGAACAGGAAAAAGAAACAUGCCGGGGAGAAUCAUUGCCUUACCAUCAAAAGGAAGUCGAAACUGAUCUCAAUGAAGAAAAACAGACGGAAGAAGAUAUAAGUUCUGAUGAGUUAAGUUUUAGACCAUUCAUUGGUGAUCCUGCUAAACAACCUACUAAGUCCUUCUUUUCACAACCAAAAGUUCAUCGAUUUUAUUCGAUAUUAAUGGACAACCUAAACAAAAUUGGAACUCACGAUGGAACAUUCCAUUGUGAUGAAGUUUUAGCAUGCUAUAUGCUUAGAUUACUCAGUCCUAAUGCUACUGUUGUAAGAUCCAGAGACCAGGAAGUUCUCAAUACAUGUGAUAUCGUUGUCGAUGUUGGAGGUGUUUAUAAUCCAGAAAAAAAAUUAUUUGACCACCAUCAAAGGGAAUUUACACUUUCUGCAAGUUCUCUUAUACCUGGGAAACCAUGGACUAUUAGGUUGAGUAGUGCUGGUUUAAUCUAUUGCCAUUUCGGUAAAGAUAUCAUUAAGAAGGUUGUAGAGAAUAUUGAUGAAUCUGCUGUGGAAUGUCUAUUUCAUCGAGUAUAUGAAGGGUUUAUCCAAGAAAUUGAUGCAAUUGACAAUGGAAUCCCUGUAUGUGAAGGCGAGCAAAGGUAUUACAUUUCCACACAUUUGUCUGCUCGUGUAAAACAUCUCAAUCCUAGCUGGAAUCAACCCAAUGCAGAUGUUGAUAGUGCUUUUUAUAAAGCAAUGACAUUGGUUGGAACAGAGUUUGAAAAUAAAAUAAAGACUUUGUAUUCAGAAUGGUGGCCUGCCAGAAUUAUAGUGAAAGAAGCAAUAAGUAACAGAUACAACCUGCAUGCUACUGGUGAAAUUAUUGAAUUGUCUCAGUUUUGCCCUUGGACAACCCAUUUGUUUGAAAUUGAAAAAGAAAUGAAACUUGAACCAACCUUAAAGUAUGUAAUAUUUCCUGCUUCUCAAGAAAGAACUGUUUGGAGAGUGCAAAGUGUUCCUCUGGAAGAUCAGAGUUUUCAGUUAAGAGUACCUCUUAAAGAAGAUUGGAGAGGCUUAAGGGAUGAAGAGUUAUGUAAUGUUUCUGGUAUCAAAGGUUGUAUUUUUGUUCAUAGUUCUGGUUUUAUUGGUGGAAAUGACACUAGACUAGGAGCUAUAGAAAUGGCCAAGAAUAGUUUGAUUUCGUGA